UAGACUUAGCUGGAUUCAUGCUCCUGGUCAAAUUUAGUUUGCAGAUCGAAACCGUCCAGAACACAGCACAAGCUAAAAACUUGUUCAUCCAUCCCUAAAAAAGAAAUCCUAUUGUUUUUUUUAGCAGUGAGACUUUAUUUACACAAAACUCUGCCAAGAUGUCCAUGUCAGAGUUUCGCCUUGCCAAGCUCACCUACGUGUUUGAGCGAUUUUUCGAUACCGAUAAGUCUGGCACCAUUGAAAAGGAGGAUUUCCACCUUGCAGUAAAGCAACUCUGCAAAGUCCGAAAAUGGUCGGAAGGUGGAGAUGAUUUCAAGGCUGUGGAGGCUAGUUUUAUGAAGAUGUGGGAUGUUCUGAGGAAGCGAUGCUACAAGGAAGACAAUGAAAAGAUUUCCCCCGAAGAAUUUGUCCAACUGUGGAGAAACACAGGAAAGAUUGACGAAUGGGAGAAGGUUUACAUGGACUUGAUGUUCGAACUUCAGGAUACUUCCGGCGAUGGUGUUAUUGAUGAGGAUGAGUUUGCCGGUGUUUGCGAUUCUUUCGGAGUCAACCCUGCCGAGGCGAGACAGGCAUUUGCGACUUUUUCCAUGCGUGGACACGUCGCCGUAGACAAGAAAUACUACGAAAAGCUGUGGAAGGAUUAUUUCGGCUCUGAUGACCCAGCCUCCCCCGGAAACUACAUGUUCGGCAAGGUUUCAUUUGCUGACGUCCUCCAAUAAAUCAAACCAUCAUCAAUCGACUCCAUUUUUGAAAAUAUUAUCCAAAAAUAAUGGAAUAAUGAUUGAUCUGACUUGGGUUUAUUUAUGUCUCAACUUGUUAUAAACUGAUACUGCCAGGUUUUCCAUGACCAGACCAGACCACAAAUAAUAAAGAAAAAAACAGAACAAUCGGACAAUUUCAUUGAUUCAAUUCGAUUCAAAAACAAUAAUUUUAUCAAACCCCCAUACAAAAAUAUUUAGUAGUUCCUUAAUUAUAAUUGUCAUACUUUUACCUAAUAUCCUUCAUUAUUUGAUGUUUGAGGGGGGAAUGAGUUAAUUGUUGUUGUUGUAAUUAUGAGAGUGGAAAAAUUCACGAGGACGAAUAUUGACCAGUUUUAUGCCUCUUGUAGAAACUUUACUUUUCAUUUUAUCUACCUGAUUAUCAACUUUACUUAAUUUGCGUAAUGAAUGUUUUAUCCUCUUCUAUAAUUAUAAUAGGAGUGAAAGUAUCAUGCAUCAUCAAAUGAUCAUCAUUGUUGUUAAAUAAAUACUCAAUUUGCAAUUAUGUGUACACUUUUAAAUAAAAAAAUCCAAAAGACAUGUUCAAUUUA